UAAUAGUUCAACUUUUCCCUCAAGUUUGAACAAUUCCAUGUCUUCUUUUCCGUUAUUGUGGGUACUCCUGCUUCUGUGGGUGUGGUCAGAAGCUAUUGCUAAUGCAAAUAAUGAUUAUGAAAUAGAAGGCAGCAACAUAGAGUGCCCAAUAUUGAACUCCAAGAUUGUUGUGAAUAUUGGAGCAAUCAUAGACUUGAGUUCUCGAGUGGGAAAGGAGCAGAAGACAGCAAUGGAAGUUGCAAUGGAAGAUGUAAAUCGCCAAAGUUGUUAUAAGCUUGCCUUGAACUUCAAUAAUAAUACUCAUGGGAACCCAUCUCCUACUAUAUUGGCUGCUGAUUUUGCAAACAACAAGGAAGUGCAAGUUGUCAUAGGAACAAAACUCGAUGCAUCAACAUUAUUCCACUCAAUUGAUGAAAGCUCCAAAGAUGUCCCCAUCAUAUCUCUAACCUCAACAGCUAGUCCAGAAAUAACACCAAUCCCAUUGCCACACUUCAUCCAAAUGGGCAACGAUGUCACCUUCCACAUGCACUGCAUUGCAUCCAUCAUACACCAAUUCAAUUGGAGAAAGGUCACAGCAAUUUACGAACACAACAACUUCUUUGCCUCUCAUUCAGAGAUAUUAACAAGACUCUCCUAUUCUCUCCGUCUAGUUAAUGCUGAAAUCGAUCACUAUGUUGCUUUUCCUUCAAUAACAACCACUCUUUCAAACCCAAUAGAAAGUUACAUAGAACAAGAGCUUGUAAGGCUCAAGAACAAGAGCAAUAGGGUGUUCUUGAUUAUUCAAUCUUCCUUAGAGUUUGCCACAUUGCUAUUAGAGAAGGCAAAGCAAAUGGGAAUUAUGGAAGAAGGGUCGGUGUGGAUCAUCGCUGAUGAUGUAGCUACUCAUCUUGAUUCAUUGGAUUCUUCUGUCAUGUUUAACAUGCAAGGUGUUGUGGGGUGCAAAACCAACUUCAUGGAAAUGAGUGAAACGUUCAAACGCUUCAAAUUCAUGUUUAGGAGAAAGUUUGGAUUGGAAUACCCUGAAGAAGAAAACUCCCAAUUACCAAGUAUCUUUGCUCUUAGGGCUUAUGAUGCUGUUUGGACCAUUACUCAUGCAUUGAAGAAAUCACAAGGGAACUUUUCCUUAUCAGAAAAUAUUUUACAUAGUAAUCAUGAGGGUCUUAGUGGGAAGAUAAGCUUCAAGGACAAAAUGUUAUUGGAACCACCAACCUUUAAGAUAGUUAAUGUUAUUGGAAAAGGUUACAAAGAGUUAGCAAAUUGGUCACCAGGGUCUGGUUUCAGUGAGAACCUUGUAGAGCAUAUGGUAGUGAACACAAGAAGAACUAGUAGGGCUGGUUCUGCUAGAGUGCUUUUAGGUUCUGUGGAUUGGCCUGGUGGGUUGAAAACAGUCCCAAAAGGUUGGGUUUACAAUAGCACUGAAGGAAGACCUUUGAAAAUUGGGGUUCCAGCCAUUGAUCCAUGUCCUCAGUUUGUGAAUGUGAGCCAUGAUAAGAGACUGAAUGAAACCCAAUUCACGGGUUUCUCUAUCAAUGUCUUUGAAUCAGUUGUGAAACGCCUGCCAUAUCACCUGCCUUUUGUUUUUGUGCCAUUCUAUGGCUCUUAUGAUCAAAUAGUUGAACAAGUGAACAAUAAGGCCCUUGAUGCUGCUGUUGGAGAUAUUCAAGUGGUGGAACAUAGAUAUGCAUUUGCCGAAUUCUCUCAUCCGUAUGUUGAAUCUGGUAUAGCCAUGGUGGUGAAAGUAAAGCCAGAUAGAUCCAAGGAAACCUGGAUGUUUAUGGAUGCUUUCACAAAAGAAAUGUGGAUGUUGAUGGCAGUGAUGCACCUGUUCAUAGCAUUUGUAAUCUGGUUCAUUGAAGGUGAAAACAAUUCAGAGUUGAAGAGUCUCGGGGCCAUUCUCUGGUUUUCUGUCACCACAUUAUUCUUUGUACACAGAGAACCCGUGAAGAGCAACUUGGCUCGAGCUGUGCUAGCACCUUGGUUAUUUGCUAUUCUCAUAGUGACUUCAAGUUUUACAGCGAGUCUUUCAUCUAUGAUGACAGUGUCCCAUCUUGAACCAUCUGUGCCAGAUAUACAAACACUGCUGAGGACAAAUGCAAUCAUAGGCUGCAACAAGAACACUUUUUUGGUCCAUUACUUAGUUGAUGAACUCAAAUUCCAGCCAGAGAAUAUCAGGGUAUUUGACUCCAUCCAUGAUUUCCCAAGAGCCUUUGAGAACAAAGAAAUUGUGGCUUCUUUUACCAUUGCCCCUCAUGCUGAUGUCUUCCUAGCUACUUAUUGCAAGGGCUACAUCAAAGCAGGACCUACUUUGAAGCUUGGUGGAUUAGGCUUUGCAUUCCCAAAAGGCUCAAGUUUAGCAAUUGACGUAUCUCGAGCAACCCUAAAAGCUAUAGAAACUGGAGAAGUGCAAAAAUUAGAAGAGAAGAUGUUGUCCACAACCAACUGUGGAUCUACAAACAGCAAAAUACAAAAUGAGCAACUAGGCCCUCAACCUUUCUUUGGCCUAUUUACCAUUUGUGGAGCCAUUGGUCUCUUUGGUUUGUUGGUAACCAUUGUUCAUUUUGUUAAAAGGAAUGCACAAACAUUUAUGAAUUACAUAUCAUUGUUACAGUUACAAAGAGCAUUGCAGAUAAUGCAAAUAGUCGAGGGAAUACACCCCAUAACAAUGAGCUAGCUACAUUGAGUUACUACUCAACUACCAUUCGUGACUAACCAAUUGUAUUUGUUAUAGAAAGAAAUAGAAGUACCGGAUUCACAUAUAUUUUUAUAUUGAAA